GUGAUGGGCUUUAUGGGUUCUUGUUGACUGCUGGACCACAAGCGAAGAGCACCAUUGUUCUCUCUGCGAAAAUGCCUGAAAACUUGCGGUCUUUCGUAACGGCCAAAGAGGUGCUGGCUGUGGCCCAGCAGAUGCAUGGAGCCGAGGUUCAGGUCGCGGACUACGAGGUGGAAAAGGCUACCACCAGCGUGCAGGGUUUCCUCUCGAAUAUUCUCAGGGUAACGUACAAUGCUAAAGUGGGACAGCAGGACGUGACCUCCAGAUUUGUGGUCAAGAGGAAACCGAUCCUCGAGAGCCAGCAGUCGAUGGUGGACGAAAUGCAGGCCUUCGAGCAAGAGAUCGGCUUUUUCAAGCUCUGCGCACCGCUGCUGCGAGAAAGGUGCCCUGACCUUCCAGCGGUCACCUGCUACCUGAUUGACGAGGAGAACAGCAUAAUCUACAUGGAGGACCUGAAGGAGAGCGGCUACGUUGCCCUGGUCAGGUGCAUCGGCGACCUCAAGUACAACCUCCUGACCGAGCAGCACAAGGACAUGAUCAUGCGCACCCUGGCCAAGUUCCACAGCGCCUCCUUGGGCGUCGACUGGAAGCAGAAGAUUCCGGACAUCUUCAGGUCAGACACGAUGUUCACCUCAGGAGCCGAGCUGAUGAGGAAAUUCGUGCGUCAGUCUGCAGAGAAGGCGCUGGUGCCCAUCACAGAAUACUAUUUCAAGGGCAACGAGUACUACGCCAGGAGUUCUCGAUGGACCAUGUCCGAGGACUUCUUCCUGGCGCUAAAGGCAAUCUGCGAGCCGGACAAGGCGGGCUUGAAUGUUGUGUGCCACGGCGACAGCUGGGCCAACAACAUGAUGUUUAAGGUCGACCCCGAGAGUGGAGAACCGCUGGACAUCAAACUAAUUGACUUCCAGAUCUGCAGGUACGCGCCCGGCAACCGCGACCUCAUGUACUUCAUGUACAUGGUUUGCACAGCCGAUGUGCGCAAGAAGAGCGAAAAGCGGCUGCUGCUGACCUACUGGAACGCGUUCGUGGAGGAAUGCAAAGGGCGCAAGGUGCCGGUGCAACAGGACUGGGAGCAGUUUUACUUGAAUUUCGACCGAAACCGGGCUUUCGGCCUGAUGAUGGCCGUGUGCAUGCGUCCUUCGAUUUUUGUCAAAGGCACAUUCCCCGAGGGCGAUGAGGCCUUGACUGAUGAACACAUCAGCUCCAUGCUUGAAGGCGGAAGUGAAGUCAGCGACACGAUCAGGGAAUUUGACAGCAACCCUGAAUUUCGAGCAGAGAUGAUCAGUCUGGUUGAGGAGACGGCAGAAUUGUAUUACAAAUAUUACGUUUGAUAUUUAAACACCUGUACGCUUAAAUUAUACAAAAUAAAUAGUUUAUCAUCAAA